CCUCCCCUCGUCUCUUACCCUUGUGAAAUGGAAUCUUAGCCUGCGAAACCUGAAAAAUGGAUGACAACGAGUUCAUGCCUCUCGCUACCCGUCACCUCCCGGACGAUGCCUCUCUCCCAAGUCCCAUCCAGCCCCAUCUCGACACCCUGUUCGCCGAAUUCGCUCGAACUCGUCCAAGAAUCUCACCGCCGCCCUCUCCAUCGCUCCGUUCUCCCCGUCACAAUCGGGUCAAGUCCGUCGACAAGCCUUCUGCAGACCUCGAUCUUCGAGCACUCGACUAUGUCACCGAGUAUGACUCGCACCUUAUGUGCCCCAUUUGCCAUGUUCCCUUCGUUGAACCCGUCGUCCUGGAAUGCGACCAUACCUUUUGCAACUCCUGUCUGAAGGAAUAUCGAGAAGGCGCAAGCGCUGGAGUGCGCUCACAGUGUCCAUCAUGUCGCACUUUUCUGCUGUCCGCACCCCGCAAAGCGUCACGACUGAUUGUCAACAUGUGCAAUGAGAUCAGAGUACGUUGUCCGAAUGACGAUUGCGAAGAGAUAGUCACACGAGCAUGUAUUGAGCGCCAUGCCACGAAAGAAUGCGAACAUGAGCGACUGAGAUGUCCGGAUGCUGAAUGCGGGCAGCUGGUCAAGAGAAAGAACUAUGUACCCAACCAGUGCAUACAUACCUCACACAUAGAAUGUGAUUGCGGGGCUGUGAUCGAACUCGGCCGAGGAGAGUGGCUCAAGCAUAAAGAUGAGGAUUGUCCAAAUACGGGCGUGAUAUGCAGAGAGUGCGGACAACGAAUUCCAGCUCGGGACUAUCUGGACGUAAACAAGGCUCACAUCUGCGACUCCGAAGAGCAGAACACCUGUCCUGGCACGCGAUACGGUUGCACGGAUGAAGUCCGGCCUGAUGAGGUGAGCGAGCAUGUCAAGUCGUGCCCCAUGGCUCGACUGGCUCCGUUCCUCCAGAGACAAUCGAAACUGCUGCAAUCCCUGCAGGAGCAGCUGACCAUGGUCAAAGUCCGGAAUGAAGUGCUUGAGACCGGUUUUGACAAGCUUAACGACAUCGUCAAUGACCGAGUCCUCCCCUGUCUCAAUCAGUCUGACCACUCGCCUGUUGGCGAAGCCUCGGAUAUUGAAGAGAUUGAAAGGGACCACAUUCCUUCGGCAGCAUCUCAGCGCGACCUUCUCAUGCCGGCACAUCUUCGAGACAUGACGCCAUCACCUGAUCCAGAUGCGGCUUCCAUCUCACAAACCCAACAACAUCUGCUCUCGCUUCACGAGUCUUUGCGUGUUAAUGUGUCCAACCUCGAGCAGGGAAUUGCUGCACUUCACAACAACAUAUCCGACCUGGAUGCACGUACAUCAAUGCAGAUAAUGAACGAGACUUUGCGGAUCAAAGAAGACCUUGCACAUACCAAUGCUGCGCUGUUCAGCACCAGGGCACAAGUCCAGUGGCUCUUGAACCGAGAGAGAAUAGGCCAACAGCAGCAAGCUAUGCGUGGUCGAGCACCCUCGGCUCAACCUCGACCACCAAAUCCAGUCCAAUCAACAAGAAGUUCGAUAUCGGAAGGCAACGAGGUCUCCAAUCUAGGCACGAGUCUGGAAAGUCAUGCAUCAUCGUCGAGCGCUGCACCCAGUCCGAAUUUCAGACCUCAAAUCAGGCGGCUUAGCGGAGGCAGUCAGGAAAGAGUCAAGCUAUAAAGUUGGAUCUUGAUUGGAAGUGCAGAGGUUGAGUCGAUCAUCUAUGGUCUAUAAUUUAGUGCUACGCUGGGUAUACUCAAAGUCAGGCAUGAAACGGCUGAUUUGGUGUAGACAUAGAGUCAUCUCACAUUCCUCGUGCAAUUUGUAUCCUGUCAUC